UUCAGGCUUCCCGCGUCCUGGUGUCAUCUUGGCCUGGUGCGGACUGACAGCAAAGCGGGUGUGCCCGCGAGUUAGGAGAAGGGCUGGCGGCGAGUCCAGCGCACGCGGGGGUUGGCGGGAAAGGUGGGGCCGGGCGCAGCCGGCUUCGGGUCCGCGGAGGUGGACGCGCGUCCCUCCCGUGGGGGCCCGCCGCGGGGUUCCGAAGAUCGGAAGCCGGGCAGCUAGGGCAGCGCUGGGCUCCUGUCCCGCAGGCCUCGCGGCGGGCUCGCUGCCGCGCUUCUUUAGCUGAAGACGGUGCUCUGUGAAGGGGAAAGGAUUGUGCUUGAAGUGCUAAAGUCUGAUCCAGAAGUUCCCAGGUGCCCCGGGACCUGCACCCAUGGAGUACUGUGCACAGGUCAACAGAGCUUCAGUUCAGCUUUCAGAAGGACGUGAGCUGCGAUUGAGGGAAUGGGCAGAAGGCACUUCACUGGAGGAUCUGCGAGGUCUUGGUUGGAGGGACGGACGGGGAACUGGCCAUUGCUAGGGAAAUGGUUUCUCUAUCACUUCCUAAACUCAUCCAUGCCAUUCCCUGUGAUCUCCACUGCUUGUUUAUUCUGAGCUGCUCAAAGCAUGACCAUCACCACUCCUGGGAUUUAUUGAAUUUUCCCUGUAUAGAAUCACACAGUGGAGGAGUUAUAAAUUGGCGGUAACUCAGUAGAAAACCUUUGUUCACGUUCAUUCAGAGAAUCUCCAUGUGGGGAAAAAAAAAAAAGAAAAGGAGAGAAGCUCUUUGCCAUCAAUUCAGAACUAUAAAUGGACAUUCCCCAACCUGUUGCUUCUGUUCCAGCUCUGCUUUCACCAUUCUUGGCCCUUUCUCAAGAGCGCCUGAAAAUGAAUAAGCCCCAGAGGUCAGUUUCAUUCAAGGACCUGACUGUGAACUUCACCCAUGAAGAGUGGCAACAGCUGGACCCUGACCAGCGGCUCCUGUACAGGGAUGUGAUGUUGGAGAACUACAGCAACCUCAUCUCAGUGGGGUUUCAUGUUAGCAAACCAGAUGUGAUCUUCAAAUUGGAGCAAGGAGAAGAACCAUGGAUAGUGGAGGAAAUCUCAAAGGAGAGCUACACAGAAGAUGAUGAUGCCUCAGAGAAGGACAAGGAAAUUCAAGACAAACAUUUAAGACAGAAUGCAUCCUUCAACAGCAAAACACUCAUUACAAAAAGAAUGAAUGCAUUUGGAAAAAUGUAUACCCUGGGCAUGAAUCUUGUUCCCUCAAGAAAAAUACCCUACAAAUGUGAUCCAGGUGGAAACAGUUUGAAAACUAAUUCAGAAGUAAUUGCGGCAAAGAAAAGCGAAGAAAAUAAAAAGGUUCCUGAUGAACACAGUGGAUGUCAGAAGGCCCUACUUCAUGCUAAGCAUGUGAAAAGUCAUUCUGGAGUGAAAAAAUGCAACUAUAAUCAAGCUAUAGAAGCUGGCAGUCAAGAGGAAGAUCUUAUUUUGUACCAGAACAUUCAGACUUUGAAACAACCUUUUGACCAUAAUAAAUGUGGGAAACCCUUCUUCAGCAGGGUAGUCCUAUCUGCCCAGAAGAGGGAAUGUGCUGAAAAGAAGCUAAAUGAAUGUGACGAAUGCAGGAAGACCUUUUCUAAGAGGUCCACCCUCAUUGUCCAUCAGAGAAUUCACACAGGAGAGAGACCGUAUGUUUGUGACGAUUGUAGGAAAACCUUCCGUGUGAAGACCAGCCUCACUCGACACCAAAGAAUUCAUACUGGAGAGAGACCCUACGAAUGCAGUGAAUGUGGGAAAGCCUUCAUUGACAAAUCUGCCCUCAUUGUACAUCAGAAAAUUCACGGAGGGGAGAAAUCCUAUGAGUGUAAUGAAUGUGGAAAGACCUUUUUUCGGAAGUCAGCCCUCGCUGAGCAUUUCAGGUCACACACGGGAGAGAAACCUUAUGAAUGUGAGGAAUGUGGGAAUGCCUUUGGCAAGAAGUCUUACCUCAUGGUACAUCAAAGAACUCACAGAGGAGAGAAGCCAAAUGAGUGUAAGGAAUGUGGGAAAACCUUCUUCUGUCAGUCAGCGCUCACUGCACAUCAGAGAAUUCACACGGGAGAAAAACCCUAUGAAUGUAGUGAAUGUGAGAAAACCUUCUUCUGCCAGUCAGCCCUCAACGUGCAUCGAAGAAGUCACACAGGGGAGAAGCCCUAUGAAUGCAGUCAGUGUGGAAAGUUUUUAUGCACUAAAUCAGCCCUCAUGGCACAUCAGGUAAUUCACAGAGGAAAGAAGUCUUAUGAAUGCAAUGAAUGUGGCAAGUUUUUCUGCCAUAAAUCAACACUCACUAUACAUCAGAGAACCCACACAGGAGAAAAGCAGGAUGUGUUUAAUAAAUGCAGUGGAACAUCCGUGGUGAAACCGAACUGCAGUGAACAUAAGAGAAUGGACACAAAGGAGAAUCUGUUUGAGUGUCAUGAACACGGGCAUGCAGCCAGCAGAAGCUCACGCCUCUUUGCACAUCAGAGGACCAUGUGGGAGAGACCCUAUGCAUGUAGUGAGUGUGGGAGGACCUACUGCAGGAAGUCAGCGCUCACUCACCAUCAGAGAACCCACUCAGGGGAGAGACCCUAUGAGUGUAAUGAGUGUGGGAAAACCUUCUGCCAGAAGUUCUCCUUCACUGAACAUCAGCGAACUCACACUGGGGAGAAACCAUAUGAAUGUAGCGAAUGUGGGAAAUCCUUCUGCCAUAAGUCUGCCUUCAGAGUACACCAGAGAAUUCACACAGGAGAAAAACCAUAUGAAUGUAACGAGUGUGGGAAAACCUACCGUCGGCUCUGGACUCUCACUGAGCAUCAGAAAAUACACACAGGAGAAAAACCCUAUGAAUGUAACACAUGUGAGAAGACAUUCCGCCACAAAUCAAACUUCCUUUUACAUAAGAAAACUCAUAAGGAAUAAGUUCAGCAAGGAAACACAUCAAAUGAUUUACAUAAAGCUAGAACUCUGAAUAUGCAUGGGGAAAGGAAAUCUUUUCAGUGUAAGGAGCGUGGGAAAUUUUUCUGCCACAGGUCAGCCCUCACUAUAGUAUCAGAGUUCACACAGGCUAAAAACAAUCUGCUUAAUACAUGUGGUAUGACAUUCAGUGUGAACUGUGAAAACGCUCAAUUCACACAUUAUGCCAAGUGUGCCUCCCUUUAAAAAAAAAAAGAAACCAACAUUAUUUAAGUUCAUUACUUUAUCGUUCUCUUCAGUGUCACUUGAAAAUGUGUCAGCAGGUGUGAGGGUCUAAUCUUCCUUUCAAAUCAAUACCAGUUUUUCUUAUGAUUCAUGAUUAACUGAUAAUUUACAGAUUUAUGGUGUAUUAAAUCCUCAGACAGCU